AUGUCCUCUGCCCCCGAAGCCACCAACCCCAACGUCUCCUCUCCUCCCGCGAAGCGCGUCAAGACCGACGAGGCCACCAUCACCACCAACACCAUGUCCGCCGAGCAGAUCCCCUCGCUGCAGGUCAAGAAGCUGUCGCCCGCCGGCCGCCUCCCCACGCGGGGCAGCGCCUUUGCCGCGGGCUACGACCUGUACGCCGCCAAGGACACGACGGUGCCCGCGCGCGGCAAGGCGCUCGUCGACACGGACAUUAGCAUAGCCGUCCCCGGCGGUACCUACGGCCGCAUCGCCCCCCGCUCCGGCCUGGCGUCCAAGCACUUCAUCGACACGGGCGCCGGCGUCAUCGACGCCGACUACCGCGGCCAGGUCAAGGUGCUGCUCUUCAACCACGCCGACGCCGACUACGAGGUCAAGGAGGGCGACCGCAUCGCGCAGCUCGUCCUGGAGCGCAUCGUGACGCCCGACGUCGUCGAGGUCGAGGAGCUGGAGGAGAGCGUCCGCGGCGCGGGCGGCUUCGGCAGCACCGGCUACAGCAACGCGAAAUAA